GGCAGGUGGUGACUGGAUAGAAUUAACUGAGAUACACACACAAGCUGAGGAAGUACUUGAAGAGAAAUAGCAUGUGAUGACAUAUAUUUGCCACCUUGUUCUUACAUUAUUUGUUCAUUUUGAUGAUCUUUAUGUAUGUUGUAAGCUGCUCUGUUUUAGAACUGACAUUAAUAUACAUCUGGAGAAACUGGUACAAUCAAUCUUAGGAACUGUAAACCUAGUAUGAAGAAAAAUAAUGACUACUAGGGCAUCUGUUACUUGUAAGGACACUUCUGGGAGGAUUUUAAGACAGUGCUGUCUUUCCCCCAGUACCCAGGGGAGUUUCUGCACCCUGUGGUAUAUGCAUGUACUGCAGUUAUGUUGUUGUGCCUGUUUGCUUCCAUUAUCACCUACAUUGUCCAUCACAGCACAAUCAGAAUAAGUAGAAAAGGAUGGCACAUGCUUCUCAACUUUUGUUUCCAUACUGCUCUUACAUUUGCUGUUUUUGCUGGUGGAAUUAAUCGCAUUAAAUAUCCAAUUAUAUGUCAAGCUGUUGGCAUAGUACUACAUUAUUCUACACUCUCUACUAUGCUAUGGAUUGGAGUAACUGCCAGGAAUAUUUAUAAGCAAGUCACAAAAAAGCCUCAGCCAUGCCAAAACAGUGACCAACCUUCCUAUCCAAAGCAGCCGCUACUCAGAUUUUACCUGAUCAGUGGUGGAGUACCUUUUAUUAUAUGUGGGAUUACAGCAGCAACCAAUAUCAAUAAUUAUGGGAUUGAAGGCAAUGCACCAUAUUGCUGGAUGGCAUGGGAGCCUAGUCUUGGUGCUUUUUAUGGGCCAGUCGCAUUCAUUGCGCUAGUCACCUGUGUUUACUUUCUCUGCACGUACGUGCAAUUGAAGCGCCAUCCUGAACGCAAGUAUGAGUUAAGGGAAAAGACAGAAGAUCCGCAGAGAAUGCCAAGUACUGAGGUGGGCCAUGGUCAUAUUACAGACUCUGUUUCCAUUCCCCAGUCAACUUGCUCCAUGAUUUCUUCUUCCUUAUUGGAAAAUGAGCAUUCAUUUAAGGCUCAGCUUCGAGCCGCAGCAUUCACUUUGUUCCUCUUUACUGCCACUUGGACCUUUGGAGCACUUGCAGUAUCUCAAGGUCAUUUCUUGGAUAUGAUAUUUAGCUGUCUUUACGGAGCCUUCUGUGUGACCUUGGGGCUUUUCAUCCUGAUCCAUCACUGUGCAAAACGAGAUGAUGUGUGGCAUUGCUGGUGGUCCUGUUGCCCAUCUAGAAGAAACACCUACUCUGUCCAGGUUAAUGUGCGCCCAAAGGUUAAUGUCAAUGGUGACACUCAAGUUCAUGCACCUUGUCUCCAGGAAUCGCCAUGUCCCAACAAAUCAGGUGUAUUUAAUCAUCCAGCACCUAGCCACUGCAAACUUACUAACCUACAAGCAGUUCAAAAUCAUGUUAACUGCCUUUCGCCUGUGACACCUUGUUGUGCAAAAAUGCACUGUGAUCAGCUACUUGAUGACGAAGCUCACAUUCAUGUCCACAAUGAGGGAAGCUUCAGACCCAAUAUGCACAUUCAUAGAUGUCUGAAAAGCAGAACUAAGCCACGUUAUUUCAGUCGGCAUAGGUCUGCAGGUGAAAGAGAAUACGCCUAUCACAUUCCUUCAAGUAUUGAUGGCAGCAUCCACAGCUCACAUACAGACAGUCCCCACAGUACGCAUGAUAGCCAGUCAGGUCACAGAAGGGCCUGCUGCUCAAAAAGUGAUCCGUAUCCUACUGUCAACCAGCCAGAAAGUAGCGAUGCAAGUACUGUGAUAUAUAGUUGUGCUAAAAUGCCAGAAAGUGACACUGUGCACCAUCCAGCUCAUUUUGAAAUGCACCCACGGACACAGUCAUUGCCAUUUAAUACAACGAAUCACAAUGGAAUUCUCAAGGGAAAUGUGCAUGAAGCCAUGAUAUAUAGCUCAGAUAGUACAGGAAAUAUCAAAACUGGCCCCUGGAAAAAUGAAACUACUGUGUAGUUCAUGGGCCAUCAUAACGUGUUUUUCCCCCUAAAACAUCAUUAUUAUUGUUUUUAUUCCAAACUAUGACAUAUUUGUGUAGCUCAUCAAUAAAUUGUACAGCUUUUCCAUCUUUAUUUCCAUUUCCUUUGUAAGAGUCUGAGAGAGAUAGUGACAGCUUUGAAGUGAUACUUUUAAAAGUUGUAAAACCAUUGUGAAAGAUAAUUAGAAAAUGAAGUCUAGACAACUGAAUAUGAGAGGCAAUAUACUUUUGUUACACAGAAAAACAUUUUUUUCACAAAGCCAUCCUUUACAUUCAUUGUUUUCACUUCUGUAGUAACUUAAGACACUUUUUAUAAACAUAUCAGCAUCCUAAACUUUUACUUAUUUAUUUUUGUAGCAAAAUAUUAUUACUGUGCCAUGGAUUUUAAUCAGAAGUGGCUAUGAUAGAAAUGAUAAACAGGAUUUUAUAAAAUUACAGCUUUUUAGAUCUACAAAAGUGAUACUGCCUCUAAAGAUCUUCUGUAGCAUAUGGCCUGUAAAGUCGUGUAAUGUACAGUCUCUGUUCUGUCCUUUUUCUUGUGAGAGAGAAGUGCUAGGUAAUAUCUCUGUUACAUCUAUGGUGCUGUAUUGGUUGUAUUUUGCAUGACAUAUGUCAGGAUAUACCAUUUGCUGUUUUCUAGUGUUACAUGUGUUUAAAAAAAAAGAACAAAAAAAAAAGUGUUGUACAAGGCUGUGAAAAACCCUAUUGAUAUUAAUCUAGAGCAUUAUAAAUCUACAGAAGAAAAAAAAUCACUCUGCACUAGUUUUAAGUGGCACAAUCCUUUGUAUAAGGUUAUAUGAUAGCUUUGAUAAGGGUCCACUCUAAUGUCUUUACAGAGCAUGCACUACUCAUUGUAUGUGACACUGUGUGGUGUAAUAGCAAUUGUCUCAACAAGUUUUACACUUCUUUCUUUGUAAAGUAUGCCUUUUGAACAAAUCCGUAAGCUGUUUCACAAUAACCUUUCCACAUCGGUUAAGGUAGAGCAGUUUUAUCAUUAACUCUUUGAGGACUACGGUUAUUUUCUUACAAGUAGCUUAUUCUCAUCCAGAGACACUGUAUAUAUGAUACUGUCUAUUUAGUUAUAUGAUCAAUGUAGUCCAGAAUUGCCAGGAAAGAGAAAGUUCAGUCAUUUCAGAAAAACACACCUUCUUAGAGUCCAUCUAUUAAUUUCACCACUUGCUUUCUGAAAACCCAUUUCCUCUCCUAGCAAAUUUCAGAUUGUCUUCAUCCUUUAAUGCAAAUUUGACCUUCAGAGAAGUUCUUUAUGUUCAUGAUUUCUGCUGAAUUGUAGGGCACUCCAGGGUCAGUGCCAUUGUUAAUAGAUUAACAAGGCUCUUGGAAAGAAAUUUUUUCGCUUUUCCAUGAACAUCUGGACACAAAGCAUCAACUCACAGUACAGAACUGCAUCAUAAUUAUCUGUGUAUGAAAUAAGACUGCUUUUUUUCAAGUAGAAAGGGUUCAUAAUAAUAAUGGAUUGCAGAGACUGAAUAGGAGCAUAGAGCUAAGAGAAAAAUGUCUACAGUGGGAAGUGAGCAGUGCGCCCAUAAAUAAGAGAAAAAGCACAAUUCUGUAAGGCCACAUGAGAAAGUUUGCUGUCAGGUCUUAACACGGGCUUCUGUAAUUGCUCCAUUGCUGCAGAGAGGAAAUAGAAAAUUCCCUUGAGAGAUCAUCAGUCAGUGAUUCUCUGUGUGUAUGUUGCAGAAAUCAUCCCAUAUUUCAGCCCACUAUUUCUGUUAUUCGCAGUUUAUUAGACUGUACCUUUUUUUAAUAUAUAUAUAUGUAGGAAUUUAUUUCCUAAUAGUGUACAUAAAGAUGACAAUUAUAAUUGUUAGAAUGUUAUAAAAACAUGUAAGUCAGAUGAAUGUGUUCUGCAGUGUUGCAGGUGGGAAUUAGUACUCAAAGGGUUAAUGCUCAGUAUCUGAGUGCAAGAAAUCUUGUUUUUCUGUAUUUUUGUAAAUUUGAAAUAUAUAUUGUAAACUCCAGCAGUGCAAUGUAUCCAUCUCAGAUUGUGUAUUUUUAAAAGGUGAGCAAGAAGAAUGCACUAGGUGGUUGUCAAGUUUUGAGCCAAUAUACAAGAGUUUCAUGACUGCUUCUUCAGCUAAUACAAAAUACAAAAAAAGAAAAGAAACGCCUGAGCUUUAUUAUGUAUAUGCUGUAUAUGCUUGAACUGUCUCUAAACUAAAAUACAGUAUUUUUUCUUUGUUUGCAUAAUGAAAUAUUUUCUGUUUAAUAAUUGUUCUCUUUUACUACUACUUUCACUCAUUCCACAUAGACAGUGAGCCCUAAACAAGCAUAGACAUAAUGUGAAUUACUACUUCUCCGUGUCUCAGCACUAAGUGUACAUAUAUUCUGUAAUAGCAAAAACCUAGGAGGUCUGCAGACCAUUAUGCAAAAUAUUCCACACACACAGCCAAGUGAAAUACUCACUCUGCAAGAACCCACUCGGUGAGCUUCUUUAUUCAGCUUGUGUUUUAAUCACCUCUGUUAUUUAGUCGGAGAGGGCAGGUUCAUCUUCAUAAUGGCUUACAAAGAAGUAAAUAGGUGCUGCUUUCCACAGAAUAUCUUAUGUGAUAAAACUCUCUGGAAUUUAAACAUAAAAUAUUAAAACACUUUUCUUAUUGUGUUAAAAAUUAUUUAGUGAAUAUUUCUGGGCUAAUUUGGAAGAGAUGUGUUAUGCAAUAAUCUGUUUGCAUAUUAUUUUUUCAGAAAAUAUACAGUAUAACUACAGAGUAGGAGAACAUGAUAUUAAAUAAAUAUAAAAAUGUUUUGUAACAUCGAAUUUGACCAAAAUGCGUUUUGUGCUUUUGACUUUCUUUUUUUCCCUUAAGAUAAAUGAGGUGAUUUCAAUGCUUUGGGAGUCUGGCUUUGUUUUAUUGUGGGGGUUUGGUCAAUUAUAGUCAGUGAACCAUUACUACUUUACCUGAUUUUCGUUACUAUAAAAAUAAGUCAGUGAAAUAACCAGAGUAUAAGAAAUAUAUUGUCCAAGUAAACUCCUUGUGGACUUACACAUGUAACAUAUUUUAAAGUCAGUAUUGGUUUUGGUGAUUCACUGAUGACAUAAAAAUGACUGAACAUAUUUUUACUGUUAAUUUUUUGUCUGAGAUUAAGCAAGAGAAAUUUCAUCCCAGAAAGAUAAGUUUUGGGGAAUGAUGCAAUCAACAGGAAUCCAAAUGGUUGUUAUUAUAGUGCUACCAGGAUAAAAAUAUGUUCUGAUGCUGUAUGGUUCUUCUCUGCAUGUAGAAAUUCCAGUUUUCAUGACAGAAUUUCAGACCAAGUAGGUAACCCCGUAUUAAGUCACAUAGACUGUUUACAAGAAGAAUUCCUACCCAGCCUCAUAUAAGAAGUUUUGGUGUGAAAAUAAAACACAUGGUUUUGCACGUUA